CUGCCACAUUCCGCGCACCACUGAACGCCCCCUUUGCGCGGCAGUGCGGCCCUGAAAAAGUACCGGUGUGCACUUCAACAGGGAUAAGGUUCCUGUUCUUCUUUUCGAUCUGAACGCCAGCUAGCUAAAAUUUGUGUGUGGCCGCUUUGGGCCAUGGAUACAACCUCUAGCAGUUGCACAAUCUGUUUAUUGUCACCAAGCUAAUACAGUAUACAACUUGGUUAAAGAAACAGUGGUCAUAUCGGUUACAGAUCGGCGUGAGGUGUGUUGACCUGUGAAUGCCUAGAGUCAAGAAGGUCAAACUUUGUGACAAUAACGAGGGUAUCUGGAAAAGCUGUGUGACAGUGAGCAUGGCGGCUGUGGACGGUCUUUCGGACAGCACCGAGGUGGUGGAAAUGGAGGAUGUCCCAUCUCAGUUCUUUGUGGAGAAACACUCUUGGGAGGGCCUGCGUGACAUUAUCCACUGUAGCAGGAAGUACUCUGGCAUGAUCGCCAACAAGGCUCCCCAUGACUUCCAGUUUGUGCAGAAGAAGGACGAGAAUGGACCCCACUCCCACCGGUUGUACUACCUUGGAAUGCCUUAUGGAAGCAGAGAGAACUCAUUGCUCUACUCAGAAAUCCCCAAGAAGGUCCGCAAAGAGGCCCUCUUAGUGUUGUCAUGGAAACAAAUGCUCGAUCACUUCCAGGCUACACCGCACCAGGGGGCUUACUCUCGGGAGGAAGAGUUGCUGAGAGAGCGUAAACGUCUCGGAGCAUUUGGUAUCACCUCUUAUGAUUACCAUACCCAGACGGGCCUAUUCCUCUUCCAGGCCAGCAAUAGCCUCUUCUACUGUCAGGAUGGUGGCAGCAAUGGCUUCAUUCAGUCUGCUCCUGUAAAGCCCGUGGAGAUCAAGACCCAGUGCUCAGGGACCCGCAUGGACCCCAAGAUCUGCCCUGGAGACCCUGACCUCAUAGCCUUCAUCAACAAUAACGACCUGUGGAUCGCCCACAUUAAGACUGGCGAGGAAAAGAGGCUCACUUACUGCCACAAAGGUGUGGAUAAUGUUAAGGAGGACCCUAAGUCUGCAGGAGUAGCAACAUUUGUCAUCCAAGAAGAGUUUGACCGUUUCACUGGCUACUGGUGGAGUCCCUCAGCAGUGGAAGACCCUAAUGGAGGUAAAACAGUGUACCUGCUGUAUGAAGAGGUGGAUGAGACAGAAGUAGAGAUUAUUCAUGUUCCAUCUCCAGCACUGGAGGAGCGGAAAGCAGACGCAUACAGAUAUCCCCGUACAGGUAGCAAAAAUCCCAAGGCUACCCUUAAAAUGGCAGAAAUCAAGACAGACCAUCAAGGAAGAAUUGUGAGCAUGCAAGAUAAAGAACUGGUCGUCCCCUUCUCCUCCUUGUUUCCUGGGACAGAAUACAUCGCCAGAGUAGGAUGGACGAGUGAUGGAAAAUAUGGCUGUGCAGUGCUUCUGGACCGCAGCCAGAGAAAACUACAGCUGGUCCUGCUACCUCCAGCCCUCUUCAUCCCUGUCACGGAUGACCCAGCUCAGAGGCAGGAAAGUGUGGAGGCCGUGCCCAAAAACACACAGCCAUAUAUAAUCUAUGAAGAGACCACAGACGUCUGGAUUAAUGUUCAUGAUAUAUUCUAUCCCUUUAUUCAAACAACAGAAGAUGAAUUUACUUUCAUUUGGGUAAAUGAGUCUAAAACAGGUUUCAGCCAUCUGUAUAAAAUCACAUCGCUGUUACAACCAGGCUGCUACCAUUGGACGGAGGACUACCAACACAUAGAGGGAGACUUCAAGUGUGCAAUCAAGGAGGAGGUUACAUUGACCAGUGGAGAAUGGGAAGUGCUAGCAAGACAUGGUUCCAAGAUCUGGGUGAACGAGGCAGCAAAGUUGGUGUACUUCCAGGGCACCAGAGACACUCCUCUGGAGCACCACCUCUACGUGGUCAGCUAUGACUCGCCUGGAGAGGUGGUCAGACUAACCAAGCCUGGCUUCUCUCAUAGCUGCUCUGUUAGUCAGAACUUUGACUUUUUUGUCAGCCACUUCAGUAACGUGAGUACGCCUCCAUGUGUUCACGUCUACAAACUGACCAGCUCGGAAGGUGACCCUCUACUUCGCGUGGUACCUGAGUUCUGGGCCAGCAUGAUGGAAUCACCAGGUUGCCCGGGAGAUUACAAUCCGCCUGAGAUUUUUGACUUUCCAGGGAAGUCAGGCUUCCAACUUUAUGGGAUGGUGUACAAGCCUCACAACAUGCAGCCUGGCAGGAAACACCCUACUGUUCUCUUUGUGUAUGGAGGCCCACAGGUGCAGCUGGUGAACAACUCCUUCAAAGGCAUGAAGUACCUCCGCCUGAACACGCUGGCCUCUCUGGGCUAUGCUGUGGUCGUCAUUGAUGGGAGGGGUUCCUGUCAGAGGGGCCUUGAAUUUGAAGGAGCACUGCAAAACAAAAUGGGUCAGGUGGAGAUUGAAGACCAGGUGGAGGGGCUGCAGUAUGUGGCGGAGAAGUUUAACUUUGUGGACCUGAGUCGCGUUGCCAUUCACGGCUGGUCCUAUGGAGGUUUCCUCUCUCUCAUGGGGCUCAUUCAGCGACCCAAUAUCUUCAAGUUGGCUAUCGCAGGUGCCCCGGUGACUGUGUGGAUGGCCUACGACACCGGCUACACAGAGCGUUACAUGGAUGUGCCUGAGAAUAACCAGCAGGGCUAUGAGGAAGGCUCUGUGGCACUGCACGUGGACAAGCUGCCCAGCGAGCCCAACCGUUUGCUGAUUCUCCAUGGAUUUCUAGAUGAGAAUGUCCACUUUUUCCACACCAAUUUCCUAGUGUCACAGAUAAUCCGAGCUGGGAAGCCCUACCAGCUUCAGGUAUACCCCAACGAGCGACACAGUAUUCGCUGCCCUGAGUCUGGCGAGCACUACGAGAUAAUGCUGCUGCACUUUCUACAACAAUACCUCUGAAAUAAGACAAGGGAGAAGUGAAGUCUUGUUUCCCUUCUGUCCUCUUUUACCCCUCCUGCUCCCUGCCCAUCUUUACUCUCCCUGACCUCUUCACCCCUACCCUAGUCCCUAACUGUUCACCCUGUCUUCAAGAGAACGUCUCCUCUUUACUUCCCUCUUUUGUGCUCUCUGUCUCUCGUUCUUACUCGCUGUGUAUCCUUCAUGCCCUCCGCCCUGUGUACAGUCUGGGCUAGGGUUUACGAGUACAGAGGUUUGUUGUCUCACCCUGAGAGCUGAACAAAGACAAGGACAUAAAGAGAAACAUUUGCAGGCUGUGUCACGUGUGUGUCACCCAUGUCCACAUCUCUGCAACCAUGAUGGGUUUUUGCCAAAUGUUGUUUUUCUCCCCUGCUCUACCUGUUUUGUUCACUUGAGUCAGUGGUAGGAACAGGGUUACAGUUCACAGAUAUGAAAUGAAAUCUAGACGCAUAUUUACAGACAUGAGCUCACUUAAAUGCAGUUUGUCUCAUGCAAUCACACAUAAUUACACAUAGAAUUGCAAUGUCUAUACAUAACGGGAGUACGUACCUUGCAGUUUGUGUAAUGAUGAAGAAAGGAAGAAAACGGAGACUCUUCCUCUGUCCACUUGUUUUAAGCGUGUGUUUAAAAUAAAAUAUUUUAUGGAUUUUAUUCUUUUUUAAUGAGUGCUGACUUAAGCCGCUCAUUGACACUCUUGCCGUUCUUUCCCCUCACAUUACAUUGCUCGAGAUGUCUGCUUGCCUUCUCAACACGUAAUUUAUAUUUGCCAAAGUACCUCUUGACUCUUUAUCAUGCUGGUAUUUCCUUUUUUACUGCAAUAAAGACAACAGGAGGGUGAGCACUGGAGUCUUACAACAGCUUUGUACCACCGGAAUACAAUUUGUAAUGAAUAAAUGUAUGAAUCAAUCACA